AUGAAGCGACGCAUGGCACCCGAGGCUGCCGAGAACAUCUUCGACAAUGCCAAGCGCCCUUGCAUGACCGUGCAGAGCGCGGAGGAGGCUGUUAUGGAGGAGGAAGCAUUCUCGUUCGCAGGCCUCGUUGGAUUGGAUGAGGCUUUCGACAGGUUGGCAAAGAGAUAUCCUCAAAGACCAGCUGUCGAGGACGACUUCGGCUGUGCCUGGACAUACUCGGAGCUUCAAGAGGCAUCACUCCGCCUGGCAAGCGGCUUCUUAGAGAUGAUGUCUGUCAAAGGUGAUUCUCCGCCUAUUGUGGCACUGCUGCUGCGCCGCAGCUGCUUGUGGGUUGCCAGCUGUCUCGCUGCAAGCCGCUUGGGCCCUGUGCUAGCUCUGAGCUGUGACUUGGAGACCCAGGAGGAGGUGACCCGAAACACAGAAGCGCUCGCCGAGCACAGACCAAGGCUGCUGGUCCUGGAGCACGCCGUUUGCGAUGCUGCCGCAGCUGCACCACUGAAAGCGUCCCAUGCAUCUGGCACACCGCUGGUUUUUGCGGACACCUUGCAAAACGCUGAGGUACAGUGGGUACAUCGGCCGCAGGCCUGGGGGCCAAGGCAUUUGGACGAUGCGCUGUGGCUGGUAUACACAGGUGGGACUACGGCAGCCUCGAAAUGUGUCGUGCAGACCCACAGGAUGGCCCUCCACGAGCUCGUGACGUACCCAGACUUUGGGGUGAUGACCUGUGAGGACCGUAUCUUGCAUCACACCUCCGCCUUCUGGGGCGCGACCAGUCUGGGUUUGUUUGACUUGCCCUGGUCUUGCGGCGCAUGCCUUGUGCUCCUCGCGCGCCAUGGAAUCGCUGAGGUCGCACAAGCCAUCGAGGAGCGUCGCAUCACUGUGGCAGGGCUUGUGCCCUCUCUUCUGGAUGCCCUUAGCGCGUCGCGCUGCACCUCCUUGCGUACUGUUUUCACAUGGGGAGAAGCUUUGCGGCCGUCUACUGCCGCGGCUUGGUGCAGACACGUUCAGCUGCUGGAUCUGCUGAUCGCCAGUGAAUAUUGGCUCGUGCUCUGUGCCGACCACCGGCAGACAAGCUUGCGGCAGCCUGGCUUCUUUCCUGUACGUGGAGCACAGCUUGUGCUGCUGGCGGCUCAGCUUGAGGAGGAUGACACUACUUCGCCACAGCAUGUGGCCCCAGGCGAGGUCGGAGAGCUCUACAUCGCCGGCCCCAUGGUCAGUGCUCAAGGUUACAGCAAAGCCGCCUUGAAUGAAGGUGCAUUUGUGAAUCUACCGCUGGGUGCUGGCGGUCAGCUUGUGCGGCACUACAGGACCCGGGAUCUGGCACGGUGGACGGCCAAUGGUGCUCUUGAGUAUUGUGGCCGCGCUGAUGGCUUCGCCAAGGUUGGUGGCAAGUGGCUGGACCUCACGGCAGUUGAGCGGAGGCUGCAGGAGGCCGGCUGCAAGGAAGCCGCCUUACUUUGGGACGAGGAGCACAAGGUCCGACAUGCGGCGGUCGUUCUUCGGGAUGGAAAGUUGGAGUGCUCACUGGCAGCUCAAGUGACGCAGCUGGAGGCGGUUCUUCCGCCCCACACAAGUCUCCAUUUGCUCCGUAGCCUGCCGAAGAAUCCCGCCACUGGCAAGGUGGCCAGGGCAGCGCUGUUGAAGGAUCUGCGCCAAAAGCAGGAGGAUCACUGUAUUCUUUCCGGCUCUUCGCCCUCGUCGUCCAGCAAAAGGCCACGGCCGCCAAAGUCCCCGGUGUCCCGCUCAUUGCUGCUGGGCCUUGUUCUUGCAGCAGGACUCCGCCGUGGCCGCAGCCAAGCUGGGCACGUGCCGCUUGCGCUGGCGCUUGCACCUGGCUUGUUGGAGCUCAUUUGGCAAGGCAACUGCGAUGAGCCUUCAUCCAAAUCGCAAAACAGACCUGAGACGAAUGGAGCGAAUGGAGCGAAAGGAGCGAAUGGAGCGAAUGGAGCUCAGGAGAUGGGAACUCAGGCUAACGGCCAUGUUUCAGGCGCUGGGAGAGGCCGGAGGAGCCUAGUGCCGCGCGGCGUAGCAGAGCGCCUCACGAGCUGGCUGACGUGGUACAGAUCGAUUGCGUUGCUUCUCUCACCGGAGCAGCUGGAUGCGUUGCCCUUCAUCUGUCUGCUGCUGAUAGACGGGUCUCAGGUCGGACUGGCGGGCUUUGUUCGCGUGGUCCAGGGCCCGCUUGGCCUUCUAGGCUGCGGGGCUUUGUUGGCUGCUUCCUCUCUACCAUCAACCUGGCUUCUUGCUGCCGCUGGGAGACUUUGGGCGAGGAGAGCGCGAGGGGGCAGUGGCUGGUUAUGGGUGUUUUGGCUGGGCUUCCCGAGCCUCGCGGACACCUGGAGUGGCGCAGUGUGGUCCACGUGGCCACGGGGAGCACCCUGCUGCCAGGGCGCCUGGCAGGCGAUGCAAGGCAUCCUCGCAGCUCUUCAGGCACCCGGAGAGGAAAGACAUCCCGAGUUGUCGCGCUGCAGCCACUGCUGGGACUGGGUUGCGACAUCGACAUGCACGAUAUGGCGGCGACGGACCUACUGCUCCGACUGCACUGAAGGAUGGGAAUCUUACCAGGCCACCCUUCGGAUGCAAAUGGGUGAGGAGAGCCAGACGGAGUUAACGCCACGAAGUGACGCAAGCUACUGGACGUCGACCCCGAGUGGCACGCCAAGCGGGACGCCGGCUACCACACCCCGAAAUGUAGAUGCAGCGCAGGCCGGCUCGGCAGCAGCUGCAGCAUCUUCACUGGCUGCCGGAGCUAUCGCACCCCCUCGAAAGAAAAGCCGAUCGGCCGUCGAUGUUAUUGAUUUUGCCGAAUACGAGGUCAGUCUCGCCAAGAGCCGGCGACCAAGACCUGAAAAAGGUGAGACUGUCCAGCAGGCAUUGUCAACAUCGGCUGCUGAAGGCAACAGCAGGAGCAAGGUGGCACAGGUGCUGGAACGCUCGACAGGCCUCCAAGGCAGCCGACUUUCAGGCCUGGAAUCCUUGAAGGUCAUCAUUCUGGUUCGCACUUCAGACUGGAAGUGGAAAACGUGUGAGAACAACUUAGCUCAGCUGUCACCCCGGCUUUCGUUUCAGCAUUCCAAGGACCGUUCCCAGUCUGGAAAGCAUCGACUGGUUGCAUUGUUUAUUCGACUGGUUGUAGGCAUCCCGAUCGCUUCUGCUCCGGGCGCAGGCGAGGUGCUGCAGUGUGAGACACUCCAGGAUUUGGAGGCCCUGGUGGAGGCGUGGUCCUGUGGCGAUGUUCUUCUGAUCCACCCGCUCGGUCAUCCGAUGGAAAGUGCCGUCCCAAGUGCUCCAGUUUUGGCGACAUUCGUCCAAAUGCUUAGCAGCAGGAAGCCCGAUGCGAUCGGUGAAGCAGAUGCUGGAGGUGUUGGGAUUUGGGAAAGGUCGGUUUCGUUUCACGGCACCUUGCGGCAGAUCACAGCGGGUAAGUUGCAACUCGGCAGGCUGCUCCCUACCGACUUGCUGGUGAUGAAGUCACAGCAAACAUGCCUCGGUGCUGCCUCCGUGCUGGUGGUGCUGCGUGCCCUUCUUGGUGUGCCCGAGAUGGGCCGUGGACCUGCGCUCAGCGCCGGGGCGGGCAGAGGCCUCGCGUCGCUACUUCGCCAGCUUCUGGUGGCCCUCCGCUUUGUGAUUGAAGAGGCUCGACCAACCAGUUUGGAAGUCAGCCUUGUCAUUCUAGCUGCUUCCAGCUGCUUCCAGCUGCUUCUAGCUGCUUCAUGCCACUUCCAAAUUUCUAUCCAGGGAAAGUUUGGAGUCGAGCGUUCGAGCAGUUUCUUUGUCGGAAGUUUCCUGGGCAGACUGCGCACUUCGAGUGGCUUUGCUUCGAAAACGAAGCAGACCUGCCAGACUCUUAGCGCAUCUUUCAGUGCCAUAGUCGAUGCCAGCUUAGUAGAGAACGGUAGCCUGGAGGCGCCAUGCAGCAUGGAUGAAGGCCGGCUUGUGGAUAAAUAG